AUGAAGCUCGUCCACCGCAAUCUCGCCCGCAACGGGCCCGGCUCCGCCAAGCUGCUGCCGGAGGAGGAGGACGACCUGUGGCACGCGUACAAUCUCAUCGCCGUCGGGGACAGCCUCCAGGCCGUCACUGUCCGGAAAGUUCUCAGGGAUUCUGCUUCUGGAGGACGUGAUGCGGAGCGCGUGAAGCUAAAGUUGGAAAUUGUAGUUGAGUCUGUAGAUUAUGACAAGGAGGGGAACGUUUUGCGCGUCCGUGGCAAAAAUAUUACUGAGAAUGAUCACGUGAAGAUUGGCCAGUUUCAUACUUUAGAACUUGAGCUGAAGAGACCUUUUGUUCUACGAAAGGAAUAUUGGGAUUGGUUAGCACUUGAUACCAUCCAACAAGCAUGUGAUCCUACUGCAAGUGCUGAUCUAGCAGUUAUUCUUAUGCAAGAAGGACUUGCCCACUUAUUCCUUAUUGGGAGAAGCAUAACAGCAACAAGGUCACGUAUUGAAACAUCGAUUCCUAGGAAACAUGGACCUGCCAUUGCUGGUUACGAAUCGGCUCUCAAGAAGUUCUUUGAGCAUGUUUUGCAAGCCUUGCUGAAGCACAUUGAUUUCGAAGUGGUCCAGUGUGUUGUAAUUGCAAGCCCAGGUUUUACUAAGGGCAAUACAGUCAAUUGCAUCAUUGAUCAGUUUCGUGAUUACAUGCAUCUUGAAGCUGCACGGCGAGACUUGAGAGUAAUAAUUGAGAACAAAUCACGCAUUAUUCUUGCACAUGCACCUUCAGGCUACAAGCAUAGUUUGAAGGAAGUAUUGGACACUCCAGGUGUGAUGUCACUGAUAAAAGAUACAAAAGCGGCACAGGAGGUGCAAGCUUUGAAGGAGUUCUUCGCUAUGCUUACUAAUGACUCAGCCCGAGCGUGUUAUGGACCUAAGCACGUUGAGGUCGCACAUGAACGUCUUGCAAUACAAACUCUUCUGAUGACAGAUACUUUGUUUCGGAACACGGACAUUGCUAGCAGGAGAAAGUAUGUGAACCUGGUUGAGUCAGUCAAGAAAUAUGGUGGUACAGUGCACAUAUUUUCUUCGAUGCAUGUCUCUGGUGACCAAUUGGCGCAGUUGACAGGAAUAGCAGCUAUACUUCGUUUCCCUCUGCCAGAUUUGGAGGACAUCGAGAUGUGA